AGCACACCAUAUACAAUUCAAGGGAGGAAUAAUCUGUAAUUUUCAAUAUGGCCGACCAGAUGUGUAACAGUAGGGUGUCACGGUGGUGUUAGUGUCGUUUUAUUUAUGUCAAGUUUUCGUAAAUCCUGUCCGAAUCUCGCGUGUUUUCAUGGGAUCAGUGAGAUAUUGUGCGGAAGUAGAAACACGCUGUGUAUGAGGGCCUAGCACUCGCUCUCCAGUGAAGUAACCAUGAACGAAGUCAGCAUAUCAUCUGCUCGAGCAUCGGUAAUGGUCUAUGAUGACGUAAAUAAAAAAUGGGUUCCAAGCGGUAGCUCGUCGGGUCUGUCAAAAGUGCAACUGUAUCAUCAUCAAGUUAAUAAUACUUUUCGGGUUGUUGGUCGUAAACUCCAAGAUCAUGAAAUCGUCAUCAAUUGUGCAAUUCUUCGAGGUCUCAAAUAUAAUCAAGCUACUGGAACGUUUCAUCAGUGGCGAGACAACAAACAAGUCUACGGACUUAACUUCUCUAGUAAAGACGAUGCCGACGCUUUUGCUAAAGCAAUGCUCCAAGCUCUUGAUGUGCUAAGUAACGGAAGCAACAUAUCCAGGAGUCUAGGUCCGACUGUUGCCUCAACGACACAACAGCAACCUGCCUUUCCACAACAGCAACAUCAACAACCCACCGCACAAUUCGAUGAAGAUAUGGGAUAUAGGACAAUGACAAGAGAGGACGUAGCUAUAAUACAAGAGCGUCGAAUGUCACAACAAAAUCAAGUAUCAACAAAUGGACCUAACGCAAUAUCACCAAGUUGCCCUCCGACAGGUCAACAGCAACAGCCAGGACAUCACAGAACGUCAUCAGCUCCACCAGCUCCAGCGCCUCCACCACAGCCUCAACAAUUGCAGCCAGCAGUAGGUCCUGCGAUACAGCAAAUGCCACCCGCACCUCCACCACAGCCUCCAGCAGCUCCUCCAGCUCCACCCUGCCCACCAGCUGGAACGAUGAUCGCUUAUAGCAACAAUAAUAACAGCGUUCCGAUAUCGACGGGCACAACCCCAACAAUGAACCAGUACGCACAAUCGCCAUCCCAAAUGAGCCACCCCAAUCAAUCGCAGUCCCAAAUAGUCUAUGUUACCAAUCAGGGGAACCAGUACGGCGUGACAGCCGCGCAGACCAAUCAAUAUGUCGUUGGCGGCAAUCAAAAUCAAAUGGGCCAGUAUUCGUGUAGUCAAAGUAGCUUAUACGGUAGUAAUACUGCUCAAGUUUACGGUAAUCAACCUAGUCAAGGCAGCCAGUACGCGAGCAGUCAAUGCUCUCAGUACGGCGGCAGCCAAUACGGCAGUAAUAAUUCGAUUAAUCAAUACGCAACAGUGCCCAAUCAGUAUGCGACAGUUCAGUCUGGAAGCAGCUCGAACCCGUACGGCACCCCGUCGAACAUUAUCAACCAGUUUUCUGGUAGUCUUGUUAACAACAGUUAUGCUCCCGUUGGCAGUAGUGCUGGACCACCGCCGCCACCGAUGGGACCAGUUGCUGCUGCAGUCACUGCACCGCCACCGCCUCCACCGCCGCCCGUUCCCGAACAGUCCAACAACUCAAUCGAGGCCAACUCGGUGGCUGAAGUCAAUUCACUCGCAGCAGCACUUCAAGCGGCACGGCUUAAAAAGAAACAGCAAUCUCAACCAGUGGAAAACAGCGGAUCGAGUACAAGUAGUAGCGGAAGUGGAAACUAUGGUACCUUGGGCAGAGGAAGCAGUGGAAGUAGCGGCGGUGUUGGAAUGGCUUCUAUGAUGGACGAAAUGGCUAAAACUUUAGCACGAAGGCGAGCUGCUGUCGAAAAAAAACAACCAGAAGCAGCUCCGGAGCCUGAAAGUUCUCCUGACAAAAAAUCGUGGGACAAAAGCAAUUCAAAUAACAAAUUUUCUAACGGUGCAGAAUCACCAAAAGCAACUCGCAAGAGGUUUGGUUCAGCUUCAGAAGAUACGCUUCUUAAAAUAAAUGGAGUUAAUGACGGCACUUCAUUCAUGUCCCAGGAAAUGGAAGCUUUCAAAGUUGAACUCAUAAAGGAAGUCCGAAAGGAGUUUCAAAAGAUAAAACAGGAGAUUAAACAAGAAAUUGUUGAGGCCGUAAGGACUGAGUUGAGUAGAAGGUAAAAAGAAGCAGACCAUCAAGAAGCGAAAAAUUUAGAAGAAAAGGAAAGAAGAAAACUACAUAAGUUAUAUUAGGAAGCUCAAUCGAAGCAAUUUGAUCGUCAAGCACAUGUAGGUUUUUACAGAGUACAGUGUUAUACAGUUAUACCCAUGUAUAUCAACCUCUUGUGCGUAAGUACGCUAAUUUAGCUUAAUAUUUAAAGUGGACUCGUUUCUUUAUUACCUAUUAUACAAUCGGUAAAAGAAACUCGAUGUUGGAUCAACUGAGCUUUUUUAAAUUAAUAUAUUAUUACUCUGUAAUCGCGCACCAAGUUCUUCGUCUGUAACCUUAAAAAUCAUGUAAAACGCACAAUUUAUAUUGACAAUCUUGUUAAGUUUUCAGGAAAAACAAUGAAGAAACUUAGUUUUUUUAAAAGAAAAAGUAAAGAAGGUACAGAUUAACUUGAACAAUUAACUUUUGGUACCUGUGAAUGAUUAAUGAUUCUUGACAUACCUUUUAUAGGAAAAAAAAUCUUUUAACAAUAAUUAUGCGAUAAUUACUGUCAACGAGUACCUUUGUACUUCACUGCCGAUUUGUAUAACAUUAAGACGUCGUUACAUACUACGCUUGAAAAUUAUCAUUUUCCUUUUAUAUAACACUCAAUUGGUUCAACAUAUAGAGCCAUACAUAAUGUACAUUUAUCAUUGCGAUACGUUAGCACUGAUUUUAAACGCCAAUUUUUUACUCUAGUGUCACUGUAGAAAAGGAGUUCGACCCGAGAAUACAUUGUACAAAAUAUUUUGCCAAUGUCGUGGUACUUUGCGAACUUUUACAAUUGUUUUUUCAUAUUUUUUAACGUGAAAUGAUUAGGGAGCGUUCUUAAAUUAUGUAACAUUACUAGGAUUUUUGUAUUUGUAUUUUGUACUUUUAAAACUCAUUUUUAUUAAUAUUUUCUUUUUUAAAUUCUUUACACCGUUUAUAUUAAUAGAUUUUGUAUGUUUCUCAGCGAUUUGAGAAAAUUUUACGAGGGGAAGGGAAAGGGGUUUAAAAAGUAUCUAAAAAAAGUUUACUUAAUUUGAGAACGCUCCCUUAUUGGACAAAGCUACUAAGUCCAGUAGAUUCAUCCAAAAUGUGAUAUUUUGCAAUUUUGCAUUUAAAGACAAGCAUAUCACAAACAUUCCAAUAAGAUGAUUUUUAAGAAUAAGUUUAAAAUACUUUUCAGACCCAGUGAGAGAGAAAGUAUUCAACAGAGGCAUUUUUUAUUGGAACUAAGCAAAUUUUCAAUGCGAUUUCGACAACAAACCGCAUUAGAAGAUUUUUCGCCAUUAAUUUGUACUCAUGACAUCUCUAUUAAAUCACAAUAAGAGAAAAGUAUUCGGGACGAGCAAAAAGUAUUAGGAAAUAUUUUCCAAUAUGGUUUGGUGUCGAAGUCGCAUUGGAAGUUUGCUUAUUUCCAAAAAACGGCUCUGCUGAGUACUUUUUUAAACUGAAGAGCAGACAGAAAAAUUAUGUGAUUUUAAACUAACAAUGAAAUCCACAUUUUAAAUAUAUAAUUGCCACGACAUGGGAAAUGCAGACCAUAUUCACUUGACAUGUUUUCUUGCAGUUUAAAAAUUUAAAGAAAUUAUGAAUUUGCUUAAAAUACUGUAGAAAACAAUGGAUCAAUUCAUUAUAUUUCGAUUAAAGUCGUCAACGUCUAAUUUUAAAAAGUCAUAUACUUUUAUCAGUCUUAAGGUCACGAAAUGAAAUUAAUUUUAUAAAAAUUUUUGAUAUUUAUUGUGAAAUAUAAUUUUAAAGAUUAUAAGAAGGUGGUAACUGCUAAAAAAAAGAUAUUAAAUAUCGCAUAAAAUAUGAUUUUAAAUAAUAAUUUACUGCCUUAUAAUGGAAUAUAGAAAUUCGUAGAUCACUUGCAUGAAAUGUUAAACAUAAAGUCAAUUGCGAAGUUGUAAUAGAAAAAAAACUUAAAUUUUUAACGCAAUACAUAAAAAAACUGAA